AUAGCACAAGGCAGCGCAGAAGUUAACAAGCAGUACUUCAAGUACGCAUAGCCCCACCUUCCCCCCCUCCUUCUCUCGCAAACUAACCCAAGCAGUGAUACCGCGGACGAGUAUGACGCUCGAGCCAAAGCUUCCAAUAUUACGGAUAUAAUUGGGGAAAACAUACUCCUUCGCCGAGAAUGGUCUGGUGCAGAGUGGGACGAAAACACUACUCGUGUACUAGAUUAUGCCUGUGGGACUGGAUUGAUCUCUCAGGUGGGCCAACACCGCCAAACCGCCCAAACGACCUAAACUGAUAUGUGGAACCAGAUUAUUGCACCAUAUACAAAGCAGAUUGUCGGGAUGGACAUAUCUGAAAAAAUGGUUGGAAAGUUCAACGAAAAGGUUUCAAUGUCGCAAAUAUCUAUCGCCGGGUCACUAUGCCCUAACUAUUGAGUCCAGGUUAAGAACCAAGGCAUACCCGAGGAAGAAAUGCGCGCCGUUGUGGCCGAUCUCUGCGCGGACAAGCUUGACCCCUCUCUAUCGAAUCCUGAAUACAAUAAUUUCGAUGUUGUUGUGUGUGGAUUCGCAUUUCACCACUUCGAGAAUGUCCAACUGGCUACGACGCGGCUCGCUGAGCGUUUGAAGCCCAAUUCUGGUGUUUUGUUGGUGAUAGACUUCAAACCACACCUGCCACCCCCCGAUCGCACCGCAAACUGCGGAGGACAAGCCCAUCAUGGGGGGCACCAGCAUUCGGGUCACGGGAACCGAGGGAAAAGCGCUACCGGGUUAUGUGCGCAGGACACUGUGGCACACGGUGGCUUUUCCCAGGAGGACAUGAGAAAAGUGUUCGAGGGCACAGGUUUGGUAGAGGUUGACUUUGUUGAUGUCGGGCCAAACGGGGAGCGUGGGAAGGCUAUUACCUUCCUUGGGCACGAUGAUGGAUCAGGGAAGGGUGUCAAAGCGGAAAGAGAAGUUUUCAUGGUAAAGGGAAGACGUGCCUGA